AGAGAGACAGACCAUCAAACACAACCCUGCUUCUCAUGAACAUGAGUGACCAAACUGUACUAGAUUCUCAGACGAUGGCAGAGAAUGACAGCCAAUCAAACCAGACUUGUGAUGUUUUCAUUUACAAGGAGUCUGCACGGAUCCUCUUUCCACUUUUCUACAGCCUGAUUUUUGUGAUCAGCGUGGCAGGUAACUCCCUGGUCCUCUGCAUCACCUGUCAGAAAAAGCAGAAGAUGAACUCCACCACAAUAUAUCUGAUCAACCUAGCCAUCUCCGAUGCCCUUUUCACAUUGGCUCUGCCUGGCAGGAUCAUCUACUACAUCCGUGGCUUUGACUGGCCUUUUGGAGAUUUCUUGUGCCGCCUGACUGCCAUGAUCUUCUACAGCAAUACCUAUGUAAGCAUCGCUUUCAUGACCUGCAUAAGUGUGGAUCGCUACUUAGCCAUGCUGCACCGUCAGCGCUGUCAAAGACUGAGAAAAACCAAAGUCGUGAAAGCCGUCUGUGUUCUGGUAUGGGUGGUGGUUCUUCUUGAGACAUCACCACUGCUUUUCAAGAGCAUCAUGGAAAACAGACGGACUCAUCGAACGUGCAUGGAGUUCUCCAAUUUUGACAGCAAGAGAAUGGCCUACGUUCUUCUGUUCGCUUGCGUCAUUGGGUUUUGCAUGCCAUUGGGACUCAUCCUGUGCUCCUACAGCCAAGUCAGCUGCAAACUCUACAAGACUGCCAAGGAAAACCCUUUGACUAACAGGUCUGGGGGCCACACCAGAGCCAAAAAUAUGAUCUUACUCAUUCUGCUCAGCUUCGUGGUGUGCUUCAGCCCCUACCACAUUAACAUCAUGCAGUUUGUCGUGAGAAGGCUUUACCACGAGCCCUCUUGUGAAGAGUUAAAGGCUUUGAAAUUGUCCCUGCAGGUAACCGUUGCCAUGAUGAACUUAAACAGCUGCCUUGACCCUAUUAUUUACUUUUUUGCCAUCAAAACGUACAAGCAGAGAGUCAUGAGUCUUUUUAAGAGCUACAUUUCCAUUUCGGCAGCCUCCAAAAGCCUGCAGGAUAACAGCAGCAGUAACACAUGAGGGAUGAUAUUAUACAUAAAAACAACAACUGAUGGUGCAGACGGCAGAGGAAAUAAUUGAAUAUGUGUGAAAUUGCGGUUGAGCUGUAGAGUCUAGAGAAAGCUAAUAUUUUGGGGCAACUUCACACAACGUUAAUUGUCGUUGAUUAUGAAAAUUACUGACAUUUGUUUGACUUUUUAAAAAAAUAUUUUGGCUGACUACAUGCGUUUUAAAAUGAAGUUAUCACUUGUAUGUAUUAAUAUCUGAAUAAAUAUGUGAAGUUCUUUCAAUUAAAUGAAUAAAUGUGUGACUGGAUUGUCUUUUUAUUUUACUUGGUAGUGUGGUGGUGUAGAAAAUAAUAAUUAUAUGGAAAAGUACCACAUAAAGGUCAAAGAAACCAUCAGACAGUUCCAAGUAAUGAUGAGUGAUUUAGGUGUAUGUUAAUAUCUACUGACAUUUUUACAAGCUGCUCUAUGAAUGCAAACUGCAUUUGCUUUAAAGAGGCUCACAAAGUGUAUGUAACAUUUUAAAGAACAUAACGAUAUUUCCCA